AUGAUUUUUGAACAUAUAACUGAUGUUGUUGGUGAUUCUUUACCCCAGCAAGAUGAAGAUUUAGAUUCAGCACAUCGACAAGCUGAUGCUCAUGAUAUCAACACUCAUCCUAUGAUUACAAGAGGCAAAUCAGGUACUGUUAAGCUAGAACUUCAUGUGUAUAAUGCUACUAAUAUUCCUUUUGAUCCUGCAAAUGUUCAUGUAGCCAUGAGGUAUCUACAAUGGCAGCAAGCCAUACAUGCUGAGCUAGAUGCCUUGCAAAAGAAUAAAACUUGGGAUUUAAUUCCCUUACUAGAAAAUCAAAAAGUUGUUGGCUGUCGAUGGUUGUUUAAAGUUGAGAAAAAAGCUAAUGGCACGGUUAAUCGCUAUAAAGUUCAACUGGUGGCCAAGGGAUAUGCACAGAAAGCUGGAUUUGACUAUCAAGAUACAUUCAGUCCCGUGGCAGAGACAUGCACUGUUCACACUCAUUGCUUUAGCUUUUAA